AUGUCCAAACAAACGUCUGUUAAACUUGUGCUGCUGGGCGAGGCAGCCGUCGGAAAGUCCUCGCUGGUGCUGCGGUUCGUGUCGAACGACUUCCAGGAAAACAAAGAGCCCACCAUCGGCGCCGCGUUUCUCACGCAACGGUGCACCAUCGGAGCAAAGACCAUCAAGUUCGAGAUUUGGGAUACCGCUGGCCAGGAGAGAUUUGCCAAUCUGGCCCCGCUAUACUACAGAAACGCGCAAGCUGCGCUGGUUGUGUACGAUGUUACAAAGCCAGCAAGCUUCAUCAAAGCCAGGCACUGGGUUAAAGAACUACACGAACAGGCCUCAAAGAAUAUUGUGAUUGCUCUGGUCGGCAACAAGUACGACCUGGUGGUGGACCCAGAGACCGGCGAGGAGAUCGAGGGCCGCAGAAGCGUCUCUGUCGAAGAGGGCAAGGCCCUGGCCGACGAGGAAGGAUUGCUGUUUUUUGAGACCAGUGCCAAGUCCGCUUUCAACGUCAACGAGGUGUUCACAGCAAUUGGAAAACAGAUUCCAGAAGAGACGUCCAAGCCCCAGGACGAGCCUUCUUCGGUCGGCAGAAUAGACCUCAACGCCCCUGUCGACGAGUCCGGAGGGGCCGGCAACUGCGCUUGCUGA